UGGCACCAGGCAGCCAAGUUGCUGUACAAGCGGGAUAACAAGAAGAUCAAGGCUUGGCAAGACGAGCUGGACGGCUUUCUCAAUUUUUCAUCCCUCUUCUCUGCCGUCGUCACGUUCUUCCUCACUUUCACAUAUGCGGACCUUCUUUCCGACGACUCCGGUCAAAUGGUUCAACUUCUCUUCCAAAUAUCUCAGCAGCUGGCUGCACACGAGGCCGGAACCCCAUUCCCGCUCCCACCUCCGAACUCUACACCCUUUGUACCCCAAGCCUCGGCCGUCGUGCUCAACUCGCUCCUCAUGGUCUCUCUCGUCUGCAGCCUCAUCGCCUCCGGCAAGUCGCUCUGGCUCAAGGAGUGGCUGCGGGAGUACAAGCUCGACCUCCCGCGCCGGCCGCGCGAGCUCCUCCGUGUGCGCCAGCACCGGCACCACGGCCUCAGCACGUGGCGGAUGCAGACCCUCAUCUCGCUCGUCUCCUUCCUCCUUCAGCUCUCCGUCGCCCUCUUCGCCGCCGCGCUCGUCCUCAUCGUCUGGCCCAUCCCUUCGCCCCCGUUCCGGAUCCUCAUCACGGCCAUCGCCCUCCUCUGGAUCUCGACCACGCUCGUCGCCACGGCGUGCGCGCUGGUGUCGACGCACUGCCCGUUCAAGAGCCCGCUCGCG